AUGGACCUUGAUCUUGUUGAGGCAUCAUUUGCAUGGGUUGAUGGGAAUGCGGAGUUGAAGAAUCCGACAGGGAAGUCGCUCAAUGAGGAGGACUCGGUUAUGAUAGAAGGUCUUGAAGUAGUGGAAUCCACAUUAAAGGGAGAGGAGUAUAGGAAGUAUUGCUAUGCGAAGACGCUGAGAGAAUUGGAGCUGGACGACAAGACGAUGGGAUAUGUUUUGAAGUGCCUUAGUUCUGCAGUUCUGACGCUGCGGUUUGCCACUAGAGAAGGGCUUGGGCUUGACACAAGAUCGACAGGGCUUUUUGAGACGCUCAUUUCGAACCUGAUUAUGCAGGGAGGCGAUGCGGAUACCAACGCCUGCGUUGCAGGAGCGCUGGUCGGGUCUUGGGUGGGCUAUUCGAGGCUACCGUUGCACUGGUCUAAAGGGAUGAGGAAUGCAGAGUGGCUAGUGGCAAAAGCAGAGACACUGAGUUUCAAUGCAGGGAUAAUGGAGCCUCGUCCCAAAGCAAGGGUGAAAAAGCUGACGGCAGACCCGGAUACCGCGCUGGAUGGGAGUAAGGGGUUGCUAAACAAAGAGCAAUUGGAGAAGAUGGGGAAAGAUUUCGUGCUGAAGAUUCUGAAAAUGCAGAAGGCGAGAAGGGAAGCGAAGGAAGCGGCGGAUGCUGCAGCGAGGAAGGGAACAGGAGUUGGAAAAUGGUUUCGAUGA